AAAUAUUUUCACAAAUGGUGAAGUCACUCAUGACAUCCACUCAACAUGAAAAGUCUUCUUCGUAAUUUCGGAUAAUGUUUUCCGGACCUAGUCAGAUUCGCGAACUUCCCUGAAAUCCAUCCAAGUACAUCCAACUAACACCAGGUGCAAGUUAGUAAUUAAUGAAAGAAUGAAGGGCACGUUUAUAAUUUCGUAAACUAUUUCCCACGUUAAAUAUUUGCUCAGCGGUCUGUAGUUUAUACACCGCUUCCACCGAUCGAUUAUCGUUUCAUCUGACCGAGUAAAGCACAUUGCAUCGGAAAAUGGCCGGAAAAAGUUCGAUUCUGAUCAUCGGAGCUACCGGAUACAUCGGCAAGUACAUCGCCGAGGCGGGUCCCAAGGCCGGACAUCCCACAUUCGCCCUGAUCAGAGAAUCCACUCUCUCAAACCCCGACAAGUCCCAGGUCGUCGAGAAAUUGAAGAACGCCGGCGUCAAUUUCAUCACCGGUGAUUUGUACGAUCAUGAGAGUUUGGUGAAGGCGAUAAAGCAAGUGGAUGUGGUAAUUUCAACGGUGGGUCACUUCCAAUUGGCUGAUCAGCAUAAGAUCAUCGCUGCUAUAAAAGAAGCCGGAAACGUCAAGAGGUUUUUUCCAUCAGAGUUUGGGGUUGAUGUUGACCGGGUAAAUGCAGUGGAGCCCGCAAAAUCAGCAUUUCAGGUCAAAUCUGCCCUUCGUCGUGCCAUUGAAGCUGAAGGAAUACCCCACACUUUUGUGGCCAAUUUCUUCUUUGCCAACUACUUCCUUCCAAAUUUGGCUCAGCCAGGUUCUACCACCGCCCCUACAGAGAAGGUUGUUAUUCUUGGGGAUGGCACACCUAAAGCUGUUUUCAACAAGGAAGAAGAUAUAGCUGCAUAUACCAUCAAGGCUGUGGAUGAUCCAAGGACUUUGAACAAAAUCCUUUAUGUCAGGCCUCCAAAAAACACAAUUUCCUUCAAUGAUGUUGUUUCCAUCUAUGAGAAGAAGAUUGGCAAAACUCUUGAAAAGGAAUACGUACCCGAAGAACAAGUUCUCAAGAACAUUGCAGAAGCUGGAGUGCCAUUGAAUGUGGUGCUGUCUAUUAGCCACUCUGCAUUUGUGAAGGGAGACCAUAGUAACUUCAAAAUCGAAUCGUCUUUCGGGGUGGAGGCAUCGGAGCUUUAUCCCGAUGUUAACUAUACAACCGUGGAAGAGUUCAUCAACAAAUAUGUCUGAGAUAUAUAAUUGCAUGCCGACUAGCUAGGGCCAUCCCCAUAUCUCUGAUGUGUGUUGCUGCUGUGUAUGGCUUACUAGUUUCUUGUUUCAAUAUCCUAGUCCCGGCCAACUACUUUAGUUUUCCCUUGUAAUGUUUACUUUCAUUAUCAGGCAAGUGUUUGUAUGGAUUAUUAGCCAUGUAAAUCCAUGUCAUAAAAUGCCAUAUUUCGAAUGUAACCUGUUUCUUUUUUGUAUUUUGUUCUAAAGUAAUAAUAUCAAUUCCAUUAGCGUUUUGAGUCUUCAUAUUUCCUUAAGUUCUGUAUCUUAUACCUAAUUAAGAUCUCCAUUUUUCUUCGGAA